AUGACAGAAGCAGCGCAGCAGAUUCAGGCUCAAUUUGCUAUGCUCCAAGCUGGAAAAAGCAGUUUGGAACAGAAAAUCACGGCUGAAGAGCAGCGUCAUCUCCAAGAGAAAGACCAGCUCGUUAAAUCUUUGGAAAACUAUUCGAAAGAAGCUCAGGAUGCACAAACAAAUGCUCAAACUCCAUUUGGUGAAAAACAGCGGGAGUAUGAAAUGAAAAUUUCUAAAACGAUGAAACAACUUGACGUUGUUCAAAAUCAAAAUGAGAAGUUGGAAACAUCCAAGGUGGAAGUAGAAAAGCUCCUAGCAGAAAACCAGGAAGAACUUGAAAAAACUGGAGUCCAAGCAAAGAAAUUACAGUCCGAUUCAGUCGAAACGACUGAAAUUCUCCAACAACAGCUAAAUCAGGCGACCCGUGAGUUGACUAAAGAAUUCAAAGACAAGCAAAAUUCUUGGGCUGAGGAACGCAAACGACUCGAAAAUGCUGUUCAAGAAAUGACCGAGAAAUCUGCAGAUCCUGAAAAUCAAUUAGGGAAGCAAAACAAUGAAUACAAUCAACAACUCCAAAUGUACCAAGAUCGAGAAGCUGAACUUACGAAUGCGCUUGCUCAGCAUCAAGUUGAACUAGAAAAGUCCCAAAAGCAGACGAUGGAUCUUGCCGAGAGUCUUCGCCUACUUCAGGUGGAUAUCAACACCAAAGCUGCUGAUUGGGGAGAAGAAAAGCGACAAGUUAAGCUUUCCAUUCAAAACGCGAACAAGGAUUUCGACGAGCGUGCAAGCGAAGCUAGAAGACAACAAGAAGGAUGGGAAAGUGCGAAACUUAACAUUGAGAAUCAGAUCGGUCAGCUCACAGCUCAAGUCGAGGAGCUAACGAAAUCAAUCACUGAGCUCGAUGAAAUGACACCAGACGAGCGUGAGCGAUUCCAAAGCACUCUUUUGAACAACACCAAGGUCGCUGAGGAGAAUAUUGGAAACGCGAGCGACUCAAAACAAAAUCCGCGAAGAAAAUCGAACGCUAAGAAUCGACCUGGAGCAGAGUAA